AUUUAGAAGUAAGCAAGAAUGUGUGUGGAUGGAUUACUUUCCGGGUGAGGGAUCAGAUUACUUUGUCAUCCACCGGGACCACCACUACCAAAUUAAAGCUCCUUAGCUCCCGGCUGCCGUCGUCGGAGGCAGCCUCCCACAUUUCCCCGCCAAACUCUAUUCUGUAGACGUCCCAUAUAUCAUGCUGCUUCUGAGCAGCCCCUUCUCCAGCUCAGCCCAAACUCCUCUUCCAAAUGUCCGGACUUGCCCGACCCAAUCCUCCAAAUUUCCCACGUCCCUCGCUCUCCCCUGCUAUCUCUAUCUCCGUCCCUCGCUCCGCCUCCAUUUCAUCACAUUUCCACCUCUCUAUUCCGUCUCAGCUACUACUUCGGUUCAACAGUUGGACCGCUCGCCUGAAAAAUCUCUACCCGAUGAUGACAAUCUAGAGAUACUGAAAAAUGGGGAGACGGAAGGUUUCGAUUUUGAUGGUCCGUUUGAGUCGACUGAGUUGAGGCGAUUCGACUCGCCCACCGUUCAAGUUAAAGAACUUGAUGAGCUUCCGGAACAGUGGCGCCGGUCAAAAUUGGCUUGGCUUUGUAAGGAGUUGCCGGCGCAUAAUCACGGGACGCUGAUCCGGCUCCUGAAUUCCCAGAGAAAAUGGAUGAGGCAAGAUGAUGCUGCUUAUGUAGUAGUUCAUUGUAUCCGCAUUCGCGAAAAUGAGACCGCUUUUAGGGUUUACAAAUGGAUGAUGCAGCAACACUGGUUCCGUUUUGAUUUUGGUCUUGCAACCAAGUUAGCUGACUACAUGGGUAAGGAGCGAAAGUACUUGAAAUGUAGGGAGAUUUUUGAUCAUAUACUUAACCAAGGACGAGUUCCUAGCGAAUCCACGUAUCAUAUACUGACUGUUGCCUAUCUUAGUUCUUCUGCUGAAGGUUGCCUAGAGGAAGCAUGCAACAUAUUUACAGGUAUGGUUCAGUUGGGAGGUUAUAAGCCUCGACUCAACUUGCACAAUUCCUUGUUCAGAGCUCUUGCGAGCAAACCAGGAGGCUCUUGUAGGCACCUACUUGCCCAGGCAGAGUUUAUAUUUCACGACUUGACAACUUCUGGACUUGAAAUGCACAAGGACAUCUACGGCAGCCUUAUAUGGCUUCACAGCUAUCAGGAUGCCAUAGAUAUGGAAAGGAUUGCAUCAUUGCGAGCUGAAAUGCAAUCAAAGGGAUUUGAAGAGAGCAGAGAGGUGCUGGUGUCAGUCUUACGAGCUUGCUCUAAUGAAGGAGAUUUAGAGGAAGCAGAAAAAACUUGGAAUAAGCUUCUGUCCUUCAAUAAGGAUCCUCCACCACAAGCAUUUGUGUACCUUAUGGAAGUUUAUGCAAAGGUUGGCGAACCCAUGAAAUCUUUGGGAGUGUUCAGGAGUAUGCAGGAGCUUUUGGGUUCCGCAAGUAUUAUGGCAUAUCACAAAAUUGUAGAGGUGUUGUCUAAAGCUCGAAAUACAGAACUGGUUGAGUCUCUUAUGGUAGAGUUCAUAAAUAGUGGCUUGAAACCCCUCAGACCAUCUUUUAUCCAUUUGAUGGUUAUGUAUUCCAACUUAGGCUUGCAUGAUAAGCUGGAGUCGGCUUUCAUCCAGUGCCUUGAGAAAUGUCAGCCGAACAGAACCAUGUACAACAUUUACUUAGAUUCACUUGUACAAGUUGGCAGUCUGGAGAGGGCGGAAGAGAUCUUCAGCCAAAUGUAUGGUAACGCCACAGUUGGUGUUAAUGCUAGGUCAUGUAACACAAUGUUGAAGGGCUAUCUCUCCUGUGGAGAUUAUGUGAAGAUAGAAAAGAUGUUCGAUUUAAUGUACCGCAACAAUUACGAAAUCGAGCCUGCUUUAAAAAAGAAGCUUGAUUAUACUCUUAGCUUGAGUAGAGAAGUUGUCAGAACACCCCCAAAGUUGAAGCUUAAUGAUGUCCAGCGAGAGAUCUUAGUCGGGAUGCUCUUGGGUGGUUUAAGAAUGGCAUCAGGUCAAGAUAACAGGAAAUUUGCCAUUACUUUUGAGUUUAAUGAACAGUCGGGUAUUCAUUCUGUUUUGAAGAGACAUAUACAUGACGAGUACCAUGAAUGGUUGGACUGCGGAAAUCCAGUAGAUGGGGUUGAUGGUACUCCAUUUCACUUUACUACCAUCUCACAUUCUUGUUUUACUUUUUAUGCCGAGCAGUUCUGGCCUAACAGUCAGCCUGCGAUUCCGAAGCUAAUUCAUCGGUGGUUGUCACCCCGAGUCCUUGCAUACUGGUAUAUGUAUGGUGGCCAUAGGACGCCGGGAGGGGACAUUCUGUUGAAGCUAAAGGGAAGUCAAGAAAGCAUUGCGAGGGUUCUGAAAGCAUUGAAGACGAGAUCUUUGGAAAACAGGGUAAAAAGGAAGGGAAGGGUGUUUUUGAUAGGCUUUCAAGGGAGCAAUGCUUCAAGGUUUUGGAACCUAGUAGAACCCUUCAUUCUUGAUGAUUGGAAAGAUGUUCUGCAAGUAGGUAGUGUAAACCCCUCUGAAACAGCAGAAAACCAAAACAUUAACUUUGAGAGCGGCUCUGAUUAUGAUGAAAAUGCUUCUGAUUACGGUGAGGAUGACAACUUAUAGGACCUCUUUGUAACUAGUAUUUUGUGUAGCGUUCAACACUUACAACGGUCCAAAUAUUACCCAGUACAUCUGCUUUAGGAAUGUUACAGCCAAAUUUACUGAUUAACAACAUAGGCUAACCAAAUUUACUUUCCUGAGAGGCUCCCUCAGGAAAUGGUGGUUAUGGCAGCAAUUUUUCAGUUGUCCAAGAUUCCAUCCAUUUGAAUAACGAAAGUUAAGCACCAUAUGGUACUAAUUAUUUAAUCUUUGGUGUUCCUUCCUUUUUUUAAUCACCACAUGUAAGGAAGAACUUUCUAAUACUAGUCAAAAUUGUUGUUG